AUGGCUUCACUUACUCACUCCAAAUCCUUCAACCAGGAAGAACUAAAGCAGCUUCAGGCUGCUUUUCAAACAGGAGGAGUUGAAGGUGUCACACCCCUGAUCCAGAAGAAGUUACAGGACUUGGAGUCUGUAGAGCUUAACAUUGCAGUCACAGGGGCAUCAGGAGCAGGGAAAUCCACCAUUGUUAACGCCCUGAGAGGUCUUCAGAGAAAUGAUGAUGGAGCAGCUCCAACUGGUAACGUCGAAACCACACUGGAGGAAACCAGAUAUUUACAUCCCGAUCUGAAAGGUGUUUAUUUCUGGGAUUUGCCUGGAAUUGGAACUUCAACGUUCAAAGCCAAACAAUAUCUGAAGAAGAUGAAAUUUAAAAGAUAUGAUUUCUUCAUCAUUAUCUCACACACGAGAUUCACUGAGAAUGAUACGUUGCUCGCCAAGGAGAUUAAACGACUGGGCAAGAACUUCUACUUUGUUCGAUCAAAAGUUGACAAUGAUCUAAAUGGGCUUGGAGAGGAGGGUAUUGAUUAUAACAAAGAAGCAGAGCUGGAAAAGAUCAGGAAGGAUUGUGUCAGUAACUUGGAAAAGGCAGGGAUUCAAUUCCCAUCUGUUUUUCUCAUCUCAAGCCUCAAACUGGAUCAGUUUGAUUUUCUUAUAUUAAGGGAAACUCUUGCAAAUGAUCUCCCAGAUAUAAAGAAAGAUGUUUUCAUCCUGUCAUUCCCAAACACAACUGUGGAAAUUGUGGAGCAGAAAAGGGAGAUUUUAAAGAAAAGAGUCUGGAUGAUGACUAUAGCUUCCGCUUCUGUCAGAGCUGUGCCAGUUCCAGGGUUGUCCUUUGAUUGUGAUAUCGCUUUGUUAGUUACAGCAAUAAUAUAUUUCCUUCACUGCUUGUGUCUGGAUGAUGCCUCUCUUGAAAGAUUGGCCAGGAGAGUUGGUAAACCUGUAGAGGAUCUGAAAGCUGUAAUAAAAACCCCCCUCGUGGGUGAGAUAAACAUUGAUGUAGUUACUAGGUCAAUGCUCGGAACUGGUGCCAUUGCCAUCUCCGCACUAGAGCUGGCCCUCGAUUUUGUACCAGUUGUCGGUUCUCUCUUUGGAGCAGGAUUUAUUAUGACCUACAAGCUGCUGAAUGCUGCACUUGAUGAUCUUGUGAAGAAUGCAAAAAGUGUGGUGAAGGUCGCAUUUGAUACUAAUUAGGCUCCUCGUCUCCACCACCAACCACCUGCUCUGCCCACCCACACGUGCUCCCUCCAUCCUCACCUCCAUCUCCAAAUGUGAGCAGGUGACUGAUU